AUGGGAUUUCAAUCGGAUUUAGUUUUUUGGGACGUUAUAUUCUCUGGACUAGGGACAUUUGUUUCGGAUAGUUGGCGGCGAUUGUUUAAGAAAAAAGGCGACAAUGAUGUUGAAUUUCCGUUGCAACUUGGCAUCAAUUUGGUGCGGCAAUUUCUUGACGAUAGCAGGAAAUUUCCCGUCGGGGCCGUCCAAACUUUUUGUUCCCGUUCUCUCGUCAAUAAGUCAAAAUAUAAGUUUUCUCCUGUGACUAUAAGCAAGGAAUGUAUUGAUAAUGCAGCCGAACGUCUUCGAUUAUUUCUUGGACCCGAAGCACUAAGGGAAUUCGGAGGGCCUAAUUGGUGGCUUUACCGAAAACAAAAGUUAAUUUCAUGGUCUAUGAAGCACAGGAAACAACAUAAAAAAUAUCGAAAUAACAAGGUCCUGUUUUACGUUCAUGGAGGCGCUCAUUUUCUGAGUACUGUCAAGGUGAAUGCUUAUCAUAUUCAACAACACAUGGACACAUUGGGUAUUCAAGCAUUCGCUCCAGAGAUUCGACUUGCCCCUCAGUUUCCUGCACCAUGUUCUGUCCAUGAUGCGUUAUCUUCGUACUUGUAUUUACUCACUUACACAAAACCAGAAGACAUUGUGGUUAUGGGCGACUCUUCAGGUGCUUCUGUUGCUUUAACUAUGUUAUGCUUGUUGCGUGAUCAAAACCUUCCACUUCCUGCAGGCGCCGUUCUUGAAUCGCCGUGGGUAGACUUGACACACAGUUUUCCGUCCAUAACGAGUGAAGCCACCAAGGACUACAUUCCGCCUUGUGGCUUUCACAGCCGUGCUAGCAAAUUAUGGCCGGUUACAAAUCUUUCUAACCCUUCUCUCUUAGCAGAAACUUUACCGAAGUCGGCAAAAAGCUUAAAUGACAUGAGCGACAAGGAACUUUAUCAUCAUUACAAACUCAAAUUAACUGAAUGCAUAGAUCAAUGCCAUGAAAUUCUUGAUGUUGUUAAGAAGCUGGAUGACAGUAAUACGCGGUUACCGAUUGAUGGCAAUAACGUAUUAACAGACAUUCUUCGUCGCCUCCCAUUUCAAGUGCAAUACUACGCACCCAACCAUAUGCUGAAACAUCCACUUGUUAGUCCCGUCUUCAUGCCGAAUUUAGGAGGGUUAUGCCCAGUAAUGGUUACUUCAGGAGGCGCUGAAAUUAUUCGCGACGAGAUUUGUUACCUUGCACAUAAAAUGGCUAACGAUAAGUACGAUGGCCGGCAUACAAAAGUUGUUUACGAGGUUUUUGAUGAUUGCUGUCACGUCGUCACAGCGCUCCCAUUUUCAACGGCAACCAAAACCAGUCUCUCGAGGACUGCCAAUUUUAAUGCUUGGUGUCUGCGGCAAACGGAUCCUUCCUUCGAGUCUUCAAACCGAAGAUUGACAGGUCAGUUACCAAGUAACUUGCCUGGUAUGCUACGUUUGCGUGUAACUCAAGAUAAUGUAGCCAGAGAAAUGGAACCUCCAGAAGACAUGGCCGGCGUAAGCAUGCCGACUAACCUCAUUGGCACUGUGCAAUCCAAGGCCUUACGGCGGUGGUUAGAAGCCGAGAUUCCGUUACUAGAAGCUAACAAAAAACGAAUUGCUCAAACCCAUACAAGAAUUGCAUUUGCAAGAGUGCAUGGUCGACUACAUCUUCCAUCUGAAUUUGAAAACGAUUGUCCUCCUCUUUCUGCAAUCUUUGCCAAUGCUGUUAUUCACUAG